AUGUUUCUGUCGACUUUCGAGACGGCUCUCUUUAUCUACAUAGCUUUCACCAAAUCUCCCGAAUCGAUGCGCGGAUAUCGAAUUCAUAUCGUCGACAGCCUGAUCCUUUUUUGUCUUUCGGUGAUCAAUGAUUUCCGAGCCAACAUUCUAUGUUUCAAAUACCGCUUUGAGAAACUGGUGUUGGGAAAACUCAAAAUAGUUUACGAUUAUGCAGUGAGACUUGUUUCUGCUGUACUUUUUUUUGGAAUUCAUGUGGUGGUGUAUCUUCUCAUUUAUAAUUGCCUAGUGCCUUUUGAACAGGGAUUUUUGAUGGAAAGAAAAUCUCUGUUCCUCUCCGUGACUUUUCAUCCAAAUGUCCUUAGAAACGCGUUUUCGUUGGCGUAUUCGGCACCAUUGAUUCCGCUUGCGAUCCUUUACGUCAGCGCCUUUUUAUUCUACAUCUUCGGCACCUAUUGGCUCUUGUGGAGAAGCAAGAAAUCGAUGAUACGAAGCUCGAGGAAAGUCCUUUUGACGCAAAGGACCUCUUUUCAAAUGUUGUUGAUUCAGAGCAUUUCAACUCUCGGCUUCGGCUUGUUCCCCACCGCCUUUUUCCUUUUGUUGUUAUUGACCGUUAAACCGAUCUUCGCUCUCUGUUGCAACUACUCAUUUGUGAUCUUCGGCGUUCCCUAUGGCAACAUCUAUCCGAUUGUAAUGUUGCUGACGACGAGGCCUUAUCUCGAAUACGUAAAGAGGAGCUUAUCCAAGUCGCUUUGCUCUCAAUCGAUUCACGUUCAAACUGUAGCCACGUCUCUUGUCAAA